AUGGCGUUUCUUCAGUUGCAAUGGCAGCCCUGUUACAAUGGGCCCGAAGGUUGUUCUUCGUCCAAACUCAACCACACCGAGCGCUCAACUUGUGCUGGUAGCGAAAGUCUAGGCCAGACUCACCUUGUCAGCGACUUUAGGUUCGUUCUUGGAAGUAAUGAGCCGGAGCAGGAUGUUCAUGAAGGCACCAUCAGCCCUGAGUCAGCCGGGAGUCGGCGUAAACUCGUCUCCGAACCCUCCAUCCAGACCCUUGAGUGUCACACAGACAUAGCUGGGGAGUCCUGGGGGCAGUCCGACCCGUUCGGGACAGCAUUUUACGGAAUUCCGCCGGUUCCUCGAGACCCUCCGACCGGGAGUUCCUACUUCAAUCAACUGGAAAAUUCAACUCUUAUCCCAACUUCAUGCCACUGCUCUCCUCCGGCAUUCCUCCACUACGAACAGGUUUCAGAUUUCCGGCAGCUGGUCCCGGAAUACAGAGAAAACUGGGUGCUCAUCAUCGGUGGAAUGGCGGAAGCUCGGGAACACGCCAAAAAGCUAGGCUUUAACAAGGCCUUGAUAUCCUCAGAUCUGGCCAAGGAGACAGCAAACGUCCGCCCAUUGCAGAUAACAGCAAGCGUUCAUGAAGCUGUUGCCCAACCGAGACUUCUGGCCGAGCGAUCCGAGCCCAUUUCCGCAGUUUUGACAUUUGGCCAACCCCAAGACUGGAACCUGGACCUGCAGAUCCUCCUGGGCCUAUCCAUUUCCGGGAAUGGCACUGUGGGUUAUGGUACGAGGGCCGGCGGCAAUGUGCAAAGCCUCGGCUACCAGCAAGAUUGUACACUCAGGAUAUACGGUUUGGAAUGCCCGAUGGCACAAGACGACAUGCGUGCGUUCUUGUGUGCAUUAGAAUGCAAGUGGAACGGACGGAUGACGCAUGGGCUGUGA